ACAAAGAAGACGCCUCACGCCGUCACGAAACGGCCAAGUUAGCUCGAAGAGUUGGUUUUCCGGCCAAAUCAUCCAAGCCAACAAUGGAGAUUUAUCGGCCUCCAGGUGUAAGAAUGUCGGGUGAUAUUUCAACCUUCAUGAAGCAGUUUUCUGCUCCAGGAACAAAUGGGCAUACUGUUGCGAAUGACCUACGGUUAACUCCAUCUCCAGAACCAGCACAUCAUAAAAAUAAAGUACAGUUUCAUGGAUCUCAGUCAAAGUCUAGCGAGAAGAAGAGUGCCCUCAAACGCUCCAAAAGUUUUACAGGGAGAGAAGAUAUGACAGCAGGAAGCGCACACACGGAUGGUUUUCCUGCAGAGUACCAAGAUCUCGUCAAAAGGGCUUUACAUGAUCCCAACUCUCUGACAUCCCUUCAGCUGAUGGAAAUAGUGAGGGUAAUGUGUUCCAAAGCCGUGGAGAGUAUUCACCACGCAGAACCCGCCGCUCAGAUGUGUUUUGCCAUUAUUGAGAGGGAAAAAGGCGAAACGUUCUUGGAGAGCCUACUUAAUUCUUGUCGUGAGUGGUUUAGUGAACGUGACAAGUUGCUGCGGUCAGUUUCUGGGGCUGGUUCCCGCCGUUGGAUAGCGUAUAUCACCUUCCUGGCGUGGCUGUACCUUUGGCUCAAAAGUCGUCAACGUCAGAUCCUGGUUGCGAACGGGCCAUCUGGCACUCCAGCUGCUGCAGACCGAUCUCUUUCCUUGGUCAUGCUCUUGUACGAGUGCUGUGAACUUAUCUUACAGCCUCCAUCUGUAACUUGUUUAGCUGAGAUCGAGUGCUUACGUUUUGUGCUAACAAGUAUAGGACAACAGCUGGAACAGGAUUCUUCACAACGUAUGCAACAUUUGGUGGCCCAUAUGCGUGAUGCCUUCAUCAAUCCGUCCAUUUCGGCUCAGAUCCGGAAAGCGCUUUUGGAACUGGUGGAGCUGCACGCCAGUAAAUGGCAGCUGGAUCUGCCUCAGUCAAUGUAUUACUUCCCCUAUACAAGUGUGGACAGGAAGUGACGUCGAUCUUGAAUCAUGGCUUCUCCAGCCCCUGUAUCCAGACAUGAAUAGGAAGUGAUGUCAUAACCAUAGAUAAUAAGCUUUUAUUUGCAUAUUAAUUUCUAAACACGAAGAUAUGCACAAAUUAUAUCAUUACUUAUUUCGAUGGUGAAAUACAAUUUAAGUUUUCACGUGUGAGAAAAACAAUAAUGGUCUAGUCAGGAGAGGGCUUAUACCUUUGUUCUUUUUUUUCCUGCACUGGUGAAUUGACUAUGCAGUUUAUAUUGUUUUUAUAUGUAUCUGUCUUCAUAUAGCUGUCACAGAGUUUAUGCACGACAUGAAAAAAAAAUGUACAAAUGUUUAUUUUGCAAUUCGUAAUGUAAUGAAUGCGUGUGAUGUCUAUCUAUUAGAAAUGAAGUCCGAGUAGGUCAUUUAGAAUGUGGUGCGAACCUGGAGGCUUUAUAAAUAACACCUGAAAUCACUAGAGAAAUUACAUUUUAGGAUCAUGGUCAAGUGCCUUACAAUAUGUUCGUAUGAACUAAUGAGUUAAAUAGUAAAAGAAAUAAGAAAAUAACACUUGUGCUAAAGAUUAUUCCAUUUGAUAAAUUUUUCCAAUGUGCUUUUUUUUAAAAAAAAAAUCAAGCUUUUAUUUAGAUUUUCUUUUUUUUUAAAGCAAACUAUGCACGAAUGUAAGCUAAUAUUUUUAUCUAACAAGAUAAAGAAAUGUUUUCUACCAUCAUCUUUUAGGUUUGGAAGUUUUCUGGUGCUGUUUCCUUGGUAUGUUGGCGUUCGUAUUUUUUAAGUUUAUUUGUUCUGUAAUAGUACUAUUUAUUUUUGUCAGAAAUUGUAAUGCCACACUGUAAAACAGUUUAAAUGUUUAAAUAUUGUUUUUGAAAGAUUAAAACUAAUAAACCACGCUUUUUCUUUUGUAAAAUGUGACAGAAAAAUAAAAUUUUAAAUACAAAUUGUUACGAGUAAUUGAACUAAUGAAA